AUGACCGACCUACCACUACAGAAUGGAAACCCACACUUCUUCCUUGUCCGACAGUGCCGGCGCAAGAAUUGUGACGUUCAGGAAGGAUCAGGCGCCGACUCACCUAUCUCUCCGACUACGCUUGCGCGAAUUCGGGGGAAAGAGGUGUUGUGUACUCGAGUUACGACCAGCCUCUGUCUAUCAAGCCGGCAGGUGAUUGUUAUUGGUUCCCACAUGGAGGUGUUCCGGUGGGAGAAUGUUGAACGGAGGAGGCGGGACAAGAUCAACAAUUGGAUCGUACAGCUGUCAAAAAUCAUUCCAGACUGCAAUACAGACAACACCAAGACAGGGGCGAGCAAAGGGGGCAUCCUCUCCAAAGCCUGCGACUACAUCCGGGAGCUGCGCCAGACGAAUCAGCGUAUGCAGGAGACGUUCAAGGAAGCCGAGAGGCUUCAGAUGGACAAUGACCUCCUACGGCAACAGGUAGCUCAGCCCAAAUUCUCAGCCCUCUCUCGCUUUAGGUUUGAGAUGGUGGCCAGCCACAAAGCCAAGUACAGGCAGUCCUCGACCUACACGGCCACGACGGAGGCCACAGUUUCUGUCGUUAAGGGAGACAUUCGUUUACAGCUUCGCCCCAUUUUGUGACCUUUCUGUUCUGACCUAGGCUUCCCCAUCAGC